AUCUUGCUGUCGUUGCAUAUUCAGAAUACCACACUUACAGUAAAUGAAGCACGCAUGCUUACAAAAGAAUCCCGGGAAAAGAGUUGGAUUUUAUUAGAGAGUUUAUGAAAUAAGCCAAAAAUGAUGGUUCUCUUUUAUUAUUUGAAAUUCGUUUGCAUAGUUGGAUAUGUUAAUGCUGUUUGUCAGACCAACAGAAUUGAGAUAGAUGGAAAUGGUUAUACGGGAAUCACAGUUGCAGUGUCCAGUAAACUGGAACCAUCUGAAAUACAACUACAAAGAUUAAAGGACCUGUUUACAGCCGCUUCUGCUCGACUUUAUAAGGCAACAAAACAUCAUGUAUUCUUUAAAGAUAUCACAAUAGUAAUACCAAAGUCUUGGCCGAGCAAUAUAACUGAUAGUUAUAUAACCGGACCCCAGCUUGACUCUGCCCAUGUGAUUGUUGACAAAGCUAACCCACUCGCAAAUAAUAAGCCCUAUGUCUCUGGCAUGACCGGAUGUGGAAAACCUGGGAGACACAUACAUUUAGAACCAUAUACGGUACAAACUCUUAACGCUGUUGGAGAUGCAGACAGAUUAUUUGUUCACCACUGGGGCCAUUUUAGAUGGGGUUUAUUCGACGAACAUGGUGAUACCGAGUCUCCUGUCCAAGAGUCGAAUAGAAAUACGUGGUUUUAUUCAUCUGGAGGAACCUUCAAACCAAAUAUCUGCGUUAAGAAUACAAAAGGGAAAAUUGAAUUGAAUUAUUGUGGGAGUAAUAUGAAGUGCUCAGUGGAUGAAAAUGGUCUACCUGAAAAGAACUGUAAAUUCUGUGGAGACGAGACUGGAAACACCGUUAAUGGGUCAAUAAUGGGGACUGUAGAAAUAUCCAGUGUGGAAGAGUUUUGUGAUGAAGAAAAUAGCAAUGUUCCACACAACAAAGAAGCUGAAACACCACAGAACAAAAUAUGUCAAGGAAAAAGUGCCUGGGAAAUAAUGAGACUUCAUUCUGAUUUUAAAGAUACAACGCCAGGCUCUUCAUCGCAAAACACAACACCAACAUUUCGAAUUGUUAAACAGAGGGCGGGUCAAAACUUUGUCUUGGUCUUAGACAAGUCCGGAAGUAUGGCUGGUGCUAAAAUAAAGGAGUUAAAAGAGAUAUCAUCUAUUUUUAUCACAAACUGGGUAUCGAAUGGUAGCUCUGUAGGAGUUGUGACGUUUGAUACUUCUGCACAAAUUGUCUCCUCACUCAAGCUUGUGACGUCAGAUGAGGUGCGUAAAAGAUUGGUGACUUUGAUAAACAACAUUGGGGCAGCUGGAGGAACAUCAAUUGGAGAAGGCUUACUUAAAGGGAUAGAGGUUCUUAAAACACAUAGUGAUGAUAUCAGAGGAAGCGAGAUAAUUCUAGUGUCAGAUGGUCAAAAUAAUGCUGGUACACUAGGAAUCGAUGAUGUAAUAAAUCAAAUCUUAGCCGAAAAAGUUAUUGUUACGACCGUUGCCAUUAGUCAAGCGGCAGAUAAAGAUAUGGAAAACCUUGCAAGGCAGAGCGGAGGCUCAAGCCAUUUUUAUUCUGGAAAGGAUAAUUCUACCGCUCUUAUUGAUAGUUUUGCCAAAAUUGCCGAAUGUGCCUCUGAUGACGAUAACAAAAUGCAACAGAUAGAAAGUAAAAGUGUAAGUGUGACAAAAGGUCAGAACUACACCACCGUUGUAUAUGUUGACUCCACAUUAGGACUCGAUACAGUUUUAUUGCUGCAAGGCCCUGGUGUGAGCGAUAUCUCAGCUUUCAUCAUAGGACCCGGAAAUCAGACUUGGAAGACUGAUUCAUGCACAGAUUCAUGUCGCAUAAAGAUAAGUGGAUUAGCAGAGGUUGGAACUUACAACGUGCAGAUUUCAUCUAUCGCCGAUAAAGACACAACUUUAACCUUGACAGUGCAUUCAUAUCCCAAAGAUCCUUCUGAGGACGUAUUUACUGCUACUGCGUGGAUAUCUACGGAUUCAUUUGAUUUCUCGCCCUCUACUCCUCUUGUCAUCUAUGCAUUAGUUAUGAAAGGAUCGUCACCAGUCCUAGAUGCUUAUGUUUCAAUGAAAAUCGAAGAUUCUAAAGGAUAUGUGUUAACAAUUGUUCUGACAGAUAAUGGUCUAGGUGAAGAUGUAAUUAAAGGAGAUGGACUCUACACAGGAGUGAUGUUACCUUCUCAAAUUAAAGAAGGGGGCAGACACAGCCUCAAGCUCUUCGUUACAGGAAAAAGUGGCGAAACAAAAAUCCUUGUACCAAAAGUGAAAAGACGAAAAAGAGAAACAAAGACUGAAGACACAGCCACAAAUUUGGAAACGCGUACAGUAGAUGGAUUUCAGCGAGUUGCAUCCAGUGGCUCAUUCACAGUAUAUAAUUAUAGCCAAGUGAAUAUUACUAACGAUAUCAUAUCCCCAGCGCGCAUAACGACACUCCAAGUGGUCAACAGAAAAGGCAAUUCUUUUAAUGUAAGCUGGAAUGCUGUCGGAGAUGACGUCACAUAUGGCAAAGCUUUGCUCUAUAACAUUUUAUUAUCAAAGAACCUUUCAACUUUACGGGACUCUCCAGAAACGAUUGAACCAUUAACCGGAAACGCACCCACACCUUCUAAUCCAGAAAGCUUGGAAAUAUUCUCUUUUGAGUUACCGGAAGUUAGUACGAACUACUAUUUAGCAGUCCGUGCUGUUGAUGAAGCGGGAAAUAAAGGCGAUGUUUCGAACAUCCUGUCUUUAUCUGUGAUCACUGACAGCACUUGGAAGCGCGAAAAAAUACAAUCGCCAUCUUCAUCCAAUGAGGCUUUGAUAAUUGGUAUUUGCGUGGCAGCUUUAGCUUUGAUAGUCCUGCUUGUGUUUGGAUGUGUUAUUUAUAAUAGAAGGAAGGUGCUUGGAAAAGGCGCAGUGGUCUAGUCCUCUGGAAA